ACGUUGGAUUAUUAGUAUCAGCUUCGAUCGCCGCACAAACACGAAAGCUGCUCGCCUUGUUUGAAACAAAAUUGAUCAAUACUAGCCAAGACAACAUCGAAUGUUUUCAAAAGUGGAAGAAGAUUGACAAUUAAUUCAACAAUUUACUUUUGACAAUACAGCUCAGGUCUACAAGUACAAGCAAGCUUAUUCAGAAUCAUUUCUUUCAGGACCCGUAGGGGUGGUUUUAUGAUAGAAUCAUUGAAUUAGAUUUAGGAGAAGAACGCCGGUAUUUCCACGUGUUCAGUUCAUCAACCCUCGCUUGGAGGUUGGAUUUUUAAGUAUUCGAUUUAACUCAAAUCGUUACUUCUCAGGACUUGGAGACUUAAAAAUCACCACGAUCACCAUGAGGUCGACAGUACUUCAAUUUCUCUUGUUUUUCUUCUCGUAUUCAACCAUCGUCUCGGCAGUAAGAUUCACAGAUCCACUCGAAGAGUUCUUGAUGAGGGAAAGACUACGACUUCAGGCAGAGGAAGAGAGAUAUAGGGCGGAGGAGGAACGACAACGACUGAGGGACGCCGAACCGGUUGGCGAGUUUAGCAGCGGGGUUCCAACGAACGAAAGUCCAGAGGCGACUACGGAAGCUUUCGUCACCGAUGAUCUGACGACGACAACGCUGACGCAAAAGUUGACGACGUUGUCGACGCGUUAUCGUGAAACGGAAAGUCAGUGUUGUGUUUUGGGAGCUAGGGCAGGACGUAGUGGAUUCCUCUGUACUCCUGAGAACUACAGACCACAAGUUCUUAUGAGGCACGACCCGAACAGAAUGGGCAACUUCAAGAUCACGAGGGAAGAUCGACAGCGCUACAUCGAGUUAAGGCAACACAGCAAAUGCGUCUCUGGAGCUGUACCUAGGCUUUCUGAAGAAUUCCAACGCUGCUGCAAGCAAGCUUACAUCGAAACCCUGGACGAGGAGGUGAUCGGAGCCGCCGACGAGCUCGACAUGCCCAUCAUGCUGGAGCUCCCCCUCCAGAUGGACAUCAUCACCAAACAGAGGAAGACGCCAAGACAUAAAUCUCACAAAGUGUAGAAUUCUAUAGACUCUCGAAUUCAGACUUGGCUAAAAAUGUUUGACCAUGGUCAAGCACCGCGGGUGAGACAAAUGUGCGCGGCUCCCGACGAACCUGCUCGGCGCCCCUGCAAGAUUUUCAUGAGGAAGGUGUAUGCCGCCUGAAAUUAAGAGAUGAACAUUGCAGUGACGCGAUACAAGAACUCCUGGCAAAGAGAAAAAGGUGUAUUUUCACUCUUUUUUUGACCUGGUUUGUUAAUACUUGUAUCACCGCUCAGUAUUAUUAUCCUAAUAGUGAUGAUAUUAUGAGAAUGUUGCUUAUUUGCAUCUGAAGCUCAUGGCUUUGCAAUUUAAAGCGCCAUUUUAUUAUUUCUGGCGUUAGUCAAGUCCAUCGGGAUAAUUUAAUUUUCAUUAAUUUAUUUUCUUGGUUGCAAUUCUUGCAUAAGUUGCAUUGCAUAGCACACCUUUGACAUGGUCCAAAGAAGGGAGAAUUUUACGGGGGGCCGCGUAACCGGGAUGGGGCGCUCCCAUUUGUUUCAAUAAACGUCUACAAAAAUCGUAAAAAUUACCAAUUGUGUUUUUUGCAGCCCGCCACUUCGAAAACCGUUCCGCAGCCACCGAAAGACGCUUAAAGUUUCUUUCCAAGUUCAUAUUAUGUGAUCCUACAUGUACGUUAAUUAACAUAUCUUUUCUUGUUCAUGGCGUAAUUAUAUCUUUUCUUUACAUAUUGGUAUUCGGAUACCAUAUGCACCACUUUCUAUCUGCACUCUGCAGUAUCUGGAACAAAGUUGUUUUGCUUAGUUUCUGAGCUUGAUGCUCAGCCAUGAUUUUUGUUUUACUUCUUGAGGUCCAGUUUAUUAUAGAUAUUGAAAUUUAUUAAAUAGGCCUACCUAUCAAAAUAAAUGAAGUGUUAUGAAAAUGCCUUCCAUGUAAUAUAAUAAUCAUCCGCUGAAUAUUCUUUAUUUAUCUUACAAGUAUAAUUAUUUAUUCUUAAGUGAAAUUAUGAUGCAAUGUUCAAACCUUUAUCCUUCUGAUAAUUGAUAUUUAUGAAAUAUUAGAUUAGUUGUAUUUUAAUGUUAUGAUUUUGAUUCAUAGAAAUAAACGGGGAAUUAUUUGUUUUUAUAAAAUGUCAUAUUCAAUAUAUCUACAUGUACAUCACAGUUCAUUGAAUCAACUUAAAUCAUAACGAAAUGUACGAGUCGCGUAAAAACCAAGGCCUUCAGAUCGUGUAUCCUUUUCGGUGAUGAGUGAUUUUUCGUAUUAAAUUCGUAGCACAGGAUUUGAUUUUACAUGACCAUUUUCAGAAGAGACACUUAUUGAUGAUUGGUUAUUUCAUAAUAAAGGCUGGUUUAGGGUGAAACUAAGAACACAUUAUCAUCAUGGGAUCACGUUGGUCGUCGGGCUUGAUCAACGAAAUUUUUACACGAAAAAAAAAGUGAACCAUUUCGAGUGAACCAUUCACCCAUCUGAACGUUCUAUCUAUAGUAUUUUAUAAAAUUAAGUUGUCUUGAAUAGUGCCCUCAGCACUCACAUGUUAUAGAUUCAGGAGAAGGGCUAUUAUCGGAUUUGAAGAAGGCUUGUCUACCAUCACCCUCCCCCCCAAAAAAAUGAACGGCUGCAGAAUGAGGGACCUCUACACUCUACUCUACACAAACAGUUGGGCAAAAAAUGCCCAACUUUCAACCAACCCUGGGCAACAUACUGUCCACACAACUUUUGGUUAUAAUCUGCCCAAAUUGGGUAAUAAAAACUAAUAAUUGGGUAGUAAAUUUGCUCAAUUGGAUAAUAAUUGCCCAGCAGGGGUCCGUUGCAGAAAGAGUUGCGUUUAAACGCAAGUCAAAAAAUCAAUCGCAAGUCCCAAAUGCGCGCUGUUGAUUGGUUGAAAAUCAGUUGUGCAUGAUUUUUAGAGUUGCGAUUGAUUGCAACUCUUUCUGCAACGGGCCCCAGAAUAUAUAUAUAUUUUUUACCAACAUGUUGCCCAACAUUGUACGUGUGUAAUAUUCUCCGAUUUGCAUAACUUCUGAUAAACAAUUAUUGUAAACAUACGUACGGUGUAGUUCGAUAUUACUUAUUACGGUCAUUUAAACUAAAUCGGAAAAUGACGUUGUUUGGAAGAUUAUCUUCGGAGGAGUUGAGAAAUCCCAACGUGACCUACCAACAUAAAUGACCAACAUUGGAUAAAUGCUUUAAUAUUGUUAAGAAAGAGUACGUGAAUAAAAUGCUGCAUAAUGGGGAAGGUACCCCCAAAAUCUGAGCAGACUCUAUCAGGGGAGCAUUUCAUAAACAUUUUUGUCCGACAUGUUGUUAGAUCUGACAUCUUUCUUUGAUUUUGAUUGGCUGAUAAGCAAUGUUACUAUGGUGACUGUCGGAUAAAAUAGGACUUGUCGGAUAAAACGUCUGACAAGUCCUUUCAUGAAACGCUCCCCUGGGCUCCGUAGCACAAAGAUUGACGAUCAAUCGCUAAAUGAACUGACUAAUCAAUAUCAAUGUCACACGAGCAUUUGUUUUAAAAUAGAGCCCAGGGGAGCGUUUCAUGAAAGGACUUGUCGGACGUUUUAUCCGACAAGUCCCAUUUUAUCCGACAGUUACUAUAGUAACAGUGCGGCUCUGCCAAUCAAAAUCAAGGAAAGAUGUCAGAUCUGACAAGUUGUCAGACAAAAAUGUUGAUGAAAAAUGUUGAUAAACAGUCCCCUGGUCCCGUAACACAUAGGUUUGCGAUGAAUCGCAAAUAUGAAAGAACCGCACUAAUUGGUUCCCGGUCAGUAUUUUAAACAAAGUGUGCAUGCAACAAUGAUCUUGAUUGGUCAUUGGUAUUUAGCGAUUGAUUGCAAACCUUUGUGUUACGGAGCCCUGGUGUUGUACGAUGUGGCUGGCAAGACUGUGCACCCCAUCCAUGUACCGAUAGAGUAAAAAGAAAGGUGAAGAAGUCACCAAAUCGGGAAGUUGGUUUUCCAGUCGGAACCACAGAUUGAUAUUCCAGACAAGAUUGCACCAGGGGAAGGAAGUCAUUUUCUUUUGAGUCAUUUUCACAUUGCAUUGGUUUUUUUUUCUAUUGUUUUCCUCAAAAGUUCGUGUCCCGUGACUUUGGUUUGGGAUCCACACGAGAACAGGGCGUAACUUUCAGUUUGAUCAAAUAGAACUCGGAGAGAUCACGUGGUAUAACACGCGUGUGCAGUGAAAUACCGAAAAAAAAACUUAUGCGCUCUCGGAUGUAAUGCGAUUUUGAUGAUACAUGUCUUUGUUUAAAUCUUAAGUCUAGUGAACUUGAUCCGUCAUUGAUAUUUCCUUUUCCAGUUUGCGGUCAUAUUCCAAUACCAGCCAAUCCAACAACUAUACUUUCACACUAUUUCUGUGAAGGAUAUACAAAAAUAACACACACCACGGAGGGGAUCAGUAAGAAUUACUCACACGAGGUACCACUGGAACAGUUCUAAAACUCCCGAGGUACAGCCGAGGGCUUUUGGCUGUUCAAUCCCGAGCCAGAUGAUAUAGGCCUAAUAUUUGUUUUAUAAGAUAGUGAUGGGUACUUUGUAAUUUAUAAACCACCCUCACCUCCAAACUAUAACCGGUCAAUAGAACAAGUCAUUAGUAAAAUACAUGAUUGAUCACGUGAUACAUUUCAGCCAAUCAUAUUUGAUCAGGAUCCAUAUCGCCCUUGUAAAACAUCGUAUAAUUUGGUCAAUACUCUGAGCAGCUUUUCUACAUUAUUUUAUUGUUAGUAUGACAAAAAGCAAAGCAUAGCUGCAUUAAAAAGGAAGCUGAAUUCGAUAAGUACUCUUCAAAAUGAUAAGACAAUGUCAAUUUUUUAAAUACGAUUUGAACUGAUCGUGUAGCUGUGAGACAAUUUUGGAUGUGUCGUGAAUUGUAUCUAAUUAUUAUAUUUGUAUGUGUAUGCAUUUGUGAGUGUGUGUGGUCUCUAUGUUUUUAAACUUAUAUGUAAUUACAUGAAAUGUUGUACAAUAAAAAAAAAACCCGCCAUUUGAA